AUGAAGGCUGCUACAAGUCAAACCAAUAUUUUCUCAAUCGACACAUUGAGAAAAAACCUAGGAAAGAAACGACUUGUAUGGCUGAGUAUCGGUAUAAUUAUAGUGAUUGUAGCAGCUACUAUUAUUCCAGCAACGCUUGUUCUAACGAAGAAGAGUAGCACAACAUUGGCAACUGUUGGAACAACAACGAAUAGCACAACACUAACAACUGAUGGGACAACAGUGAAUAACACAACAUUGUCAACUAUUAGAACAUCAACGAAUAACACAACGCUAACAACUGCUACAACAACAGCGAAAAGCGCAUCAACUAUUACAACGGAAAUAAUCACGACAACACCUACUAGCAAAGCCUGGGUACAACUUAAUCAAAUGAAUGAGUUACGAAUAUAUCACACAGCAUCAUUAUUGCUCGACGGAAGAGUUUUGGUAACUGGUGGUGAACGCGAAAAAACUGGUUUGAAUACUGCUGAGUUAUUUGACCCAGACACAGGAAUAUGGUCUCUCGUGAAUCCCAUGAAUUUCCAUCGAGAAAGACAUACAGCGUCUGUACUGAAGGAUGGAACAGUUUUAGUCACAGGUGGUUUGAGCAGAGAAAAUUCCCUUGUUAGUUCAGAAGUAUUUCAUCCAAACAAUCAAACGUGGACAAUAACAGAUGACAUGAAUGAUGGAAGAUAUGGUCAUACAGCAACUGUAUUAUCGGAUGGUAGGGUAUUAGUUACUGGUGGAGGUGAGAGUACGGACAGUGCCGAAAUAUAUGAUCCACUCAAUAGAACAUGGACAAAAACUGCUAACAUGACACGACCGCGACAAUGGCAUCAAGCUUCCGUUUUACUAGAUGGCAAAAUCUUGGUUACAGGAACAAGCCCAAAAGCUUUACAUGCAAAUACAGAUCACUAUAAGGAUAUGGGAUGCAACACUGAAAUAUAUGAUCCAGUCACAGAAACAUGGAUAAAUAUCACUAAUAUGCAUGUAUCACGAUAUUUCCAUACAGCAACAGUAUUAUUAGAUGGAAAAGUAUUGGUUACUGGUGGAGUUUCUACUCUUGACAUGAAAACUACAGAACUGUAUGAUCCAGAAACUGGGAAAUGGGCACAAACUAGUAGAUUAAACACUGGAAGAGGAAUUCAUAGAGCAUUGUUACUAGCAAGUGGACGUAUUUUAGUUACUGGUGGUUUGCAUCGCCUACGUGAGACAAAAAAUGUUGAACUAUAUGAUCCGUUUAAUAAAACAUGGUCCCUGAUCGAUGCUAUGAAUUGUGGUAGAUCUGGCCAUACACUAUUGACAGUAAGGAAUGAAGCAGUGUUGGCUAUUGGGGGUAUACGAAGGAAUAUUCAAUGUAGUGCUGAACUCUUUUCACCAUGA